ACGCCCCACAGGCUAGUGUAUUUUUAACUGCUUUGUAGGAACCUUUUCUUUUUUUUCUUUUUAGGAGUGGGUCGCACUGUGUAGCCCAGGCUGGCCUGGAAUUUGCUAUGUGAGACAAGGCCUCACAUGUCCUAGGCUGGUGUGGAAUUUGCUAUGUAGCCAAGGAUGACUUUGAACUUCUGAUCUUCCUGCCUCUACCUCCCUUGUGCUGGGAUUGCAGGUGUAUACCACCAUACCCAAUUUUAUGCAGUGCUGAGGAUGGAAGCCAGGGCUUUGUGCAUGCUAGACAAGCCCUCUACCAACUGAGCCACUUCCCCAAGGCCUUGUGGGAACGUGUUUCCUGUGUUUUCUCCAGCGAACAGUUUGGCUUCGUUUGUAAAAGGCCGCGGCAGCUGAAGAGAGGCGGCGAGGGCGGUCGCCGGUGAGAGGCUCCUGUAGGCGCGGGGCAGGCUGCCUAGGUCUCCUCUUUGGAGGGAAUCUGACUGGAACACUGGGCAGGAGCUUUGCCACUGGCUGGGUGAAGAGGAGUAAGCAGAAUAUUUGUAUUGUGACAUCAGAGCUUGACCUUCUGAAGAUAGGCUGAGCAAUAUCACUGCAGACAAGCAUGCUUCUCUCUGUGCUGUCUGAUCAUCACAAACUGAUGAAGCAAGCAUUAGGUCUCAUGGAUACAAGCUCUUCUGUUCUCCAGAUGCCCUGUCAGCUAGUACAGGGACUGUGAAAAAUGGAACCAAACUCUCAGAGGACUAAAGUCCCAGCUUUCUUAUCUGAUCUUGGGAAGGCCACAUUGAGGGGAAUCAGAAAGUGUCCCCGAUGCGGCACAUACAAUGGCACCCGAGGGCUGAGCUGUAAGAACAAGACAUGCGGAACCAUAUUCCGCUAUGGUGCCCGGAAGCAGCCUAGCGUAGAAGCUGUCAAAAUCAUCACAGGCUCUGAUCUGCAGGUCUACUCUGUGCGACAAAGAGACCGAGGCCCUGAUUAUCGAUGUUUUGUGGAGCUAGGUGUUUCAGAGACAACAAUCCAGACAGUAGAUGGGACAAUCAUCACUCAGCUGAGCUCUGGCCGAUGUUAUGUCCCCUCAUGUUUGAAAGCUGCUGCUCAAGGUGUUGUGGAGAACCAGUGCCAGCAUAUUAAACUGGCAGUCAACUGCCAGGCAGAGGCUACCCCUCUGACUCUGAAGAGUUCAGUCCUGAAUGCCAUGCAGGCCUCCCCAGAAACCAAACAGACCAUCUGGCAGUUGGCCACGGAACCCACAGGACCCCUGGUACAGAGGAUCACUAAAAACAUCUUGGUGGUGAAAUGCAAGGCAAGCCAGAAGCACAGCCUAGGGUACUUGCAUACAUCCUUCGUGCAGAAGAUCAGCUCCAAAAGUUUGCCAGAGCGCCGCUUCUUCUGCUCUUGUCAGACUCUGAAGUCACACAAGUCCAAUGCCCCCAAGGCCGAGGCAGCUCCGAGCUGCAUCCACUUCUUUGCUUGCCUCUGUGCCUUUGCCAGCGAUGAGACAUUGGCUCAGGAAUUCUCAGAUUUCCUAAAUUUUGAUGCCAGUGGUCUUAAGGAGAUUAUUGUGCCCCAGUUAGGCUGUCAUUCAGAAUCAACUGUAUCAACCUGUGAGUCUGCUGCCUCUAAGCCAAGGAAGAGGAAGAAGGAUGACGUGUCUGGUACACAAAUGAUGCCUCAAGAUGCAGUAAGCAGCAGUCUAAGGAAGAGUGGCCUGAAAAAGCCUAUGGUUGCUGCUUCAUUGAAAAGACAGGUCUGUGGUCAGCUGUUAGAUGAGGCACAAGUGACCUUGUCCUUCCAAGAUUGGCUGGCCAGCGUCACAGAACGGAUCCAUCAAACCAUGCACUAUCAGUUUGAUGGCAAACCAGAGCCCUUGGUGUUCCACAUUCCUCAGUCCUUUUUUGAUGCCCUGCAACAGAGAAUAUCUAUAGGAAGUGCGAAAAAGCGGCUCCCAAACUCCACCACAGCUUUUGUUCGGAAGGAUGCCUUGCCACUAGGAACCUUUUCCAAGUACACCUGGCAUAUUACUAAUAUUCUGCAAGUUAAACAAAUCUUAGACACCCCAGAGAUGCCCUUGGAAAUCACCCGUAGCUUUAUCCAGAACCGGGAUGGGACUUAUGAGUUGUUUAAAUGUCCCAAAGUGGAAGUAGAGAGCAUAGCAGAAACCUACGGUCGCAUGGAAAAGCAGCCUGUGCUGAGACCGUUGGAACUGAAGACCUUCCUCAAAGUUGGUAACACUUCCCCAGAUCAAAAGGAGCCAACACCAUUUAUCAUCGAAUGGAUCCCAGAUAUCCUUCCUCAAUCCAAGAUUGGUGAGCUUCGGAUCAAGUUUGAAUAUGGUCACCACCGGAACGGGCAUGUGGCUGACUACCAAGAUCCAAGGCCAUCCUUGGACCAGCCCUUGGAACUGGCCCCUCUGACCACUAUCACUUUUCCUUGAGGCAAAGCCAGUAUUUUGCUGCUAAGUUUGCACAUCCCCAUCCCUGACCACUCUAAACCCUAGUUCAGCACUUAGAGGGCCCUCCUCCUGGUGAACUGCUCUUUGCUAAGUGCAGUUUCUUUGAACAAUCAUGUGGGUUCUGUGGAAGAAACUUCUUGUGAAUAGCCAUGUUGGUGCUGCUGUGUAGUCUUCAUUGUAAAGUGGGCAGUAUUUCUGACCAGAGUUUUAAAAGAAAAAACAGGGGGCUGGAGAGAUGGCUCAGCGGUUAAGAACACUGAUUGUUCUUGCAGAAGACCCGGUUUCGAAUCCCAGCACCCACAUGGCAGCUAACAACUGUCCGUAACCC